AUGUCAGAGACAGACGUCACACGGCUUAAAGCAUCUAUCUACCUCAGUGUAGCCAAAAUGGUGGAGGAAUACUCGCAAGAAUUGGGCACCACUGCCAGCCCGUCUUUCGUUGCUUCAUUGGUCGAAUUGGUGUAUAAUCAACUUCAGAAUUUAGGAGAAGACUUGGAGCUAUUUGCAGAUCACGCAGGUCGGGCUGUUAUCAACGACUCAGAUAUGUACAUGGUGACUAGGAAGAACGAGAUUCUUACCAAUGCGUUGAAGGAGUAUGCGAAGGGCCUGGGUCUGAGAGAUUGA